CACCCUCCCUUGCUUCCCUCUCGCUCUUUAAGUCUUCUUUUCUCUAGCAUACUAGCACUUGAAGCUCACUCUCUAGCUUUCCUCUCGUUUCUCUAGCCUAUCUUGCACUCACUAUAAAGUUUUUCAUUCACUCUAGCAUUGAAGCACUUGAAACCCACCCUCUCCAGCUUCCCUAUCACUCUUUUAGCCUUCCUUUGUCUCACUAGUCACUACGAACAAAUGGCUGAAGCAAUCCUUUUCACUCUCUAAAAUACUGAAGCACUUCAAGCUCACUCUCUAGCUUUCCUCUCGUUCUUCUAGCCUUCCUUUCACUCAAUAGAAAGUUUUUCUUUUACUCUCUAGACUCUAGCACUGAACCACUUGAAGACCGCCCUCUCUUGCUUCCCUCUCGCUCUUUAAACCUUCCUUUCUCUCACUACGAAAAAAUGGCUGAAGCAAUCCUCUGCGGAGUUACACAGACCAUAAUGGAAAAUUUGGGCUCUGCGGCUUUUGAAAAGUUUGGACCACUGUGGAAUGUUAAAGAUGACAUUGAAAGCAUCAAGAAAACAGUGUCCAGAAUACAAGCUGUCCUUCUGGAUGCAGUGGAGCAGCCGAACCGCAACCAUCAAGACAGGGACUGGCUCGAAAAGCUCAAGGACGCUUUUUAUGAUGCAGAUGACUUGUUGGGUGAGUAUAAGUUCCACAUUGAAUUAGCUUUGCAGCAAGAAGAGACUAGUGGGAAUACUGCAGGAAAGGUACGCAAUUUCUUUAGAAGUAUCCCACUUGUUUUUAGAAAUCGUAAGAUGAGUCUUGGAAUAAUCGAAUUGAGGCAAAAUCUAAUUGCAAUGGCGCAAGAUAGAAAUAACUUUCAUUUUAAUGAGGGCCAUGUGAAGCCUCAAGUGAGUCUGAACAGGGAGACUAUCCCAUGUUUACCAAAUAAAGAAGUUAUUGGGAGAGAUGAUGACAAAAAUGCCAUCAUAAAACUUUUAUUGGAACCUAAUAAUGAUGAGAAUGUAUCCGUCAUUGCUAUUGUGGGAAUUGGGGGGUUAGGCAAGACCACACUUGCUCAAAAUGUAUACAAUCAUGAAAAAGUCAAUGCACAUUUUGAGUUAAAAAUAUGGGUGUGGGUCUCAGAUGUCUUCAAGGUGACAACAAUUGCUGAAAAACUAAUAAAUGGUAUUGAUAAAGAUGAUAGCAUGGAACUAAUGCGAAACAAACGUCGUAAGUUUAAUCCUGAAGUCCUCAUGGGUCAAGUCCACAACACGGAUCCAUUGAGGGAACUUGUUAACAAAAUUUAUCAAAAGAAAUUUUUACUUGUGUUGGAUGAUAUGUGGAACGAAAAUUAUAAAAAUUGGAAUGACUUUAAAAGCCUUUUAAUCGGUGGAGCAAAGGGAAGUAAGAUUGUAAUAACUACACGAGUCAAAUUGGUUGCAGAGAUUACACGUCCUGUUUCAACAUAUGCUCUUAAAGGCCUUUCUAAGGACCAUUCUUGGUCUUUAUUUGAGAAAAUAGCAUUUAGAAACAGGCAAGAGACCAACAACACUAAACUAGUAGAAAUUGGAAGGGAGAUUGUAGGCAAAUGUCAAGGAGUACCCCUUGCAAUAGAGUCCAUUGGAAAUGCAUUAUACUUUGAGAAAAAAGACGGGUGGUUAAAGAUCAAGGAUAAGGUACAAGAAAAUGUAAUUGAACAAGGGGGUGGUAAUACCUUUUCAAUUCUAAGGUUGAGUUAUGAUAAUCUUCCAUCAUAUAUUAAAGGUUGUUUUGCCUUUUGUUCUUUGUUUCCUAAAUCUUACGAGAUUGAUAGGAUGACAUUGAUUCAACUAUGGAUGGCACAUGGGUUAAUCCAAUUUCCAAAUAAUAUAGAGCAAUUAGAAGAUGUUGCAGAUGAGUGCAUCAAGAGUCUACUUUGCAGGGGCAGACUGUAGACUUGACUAUUUGGAUGAAAAAACUCGUCAUGUAUCAUUUUCUAGUGACUCAUCUUUUACUAAAACUUUAAGCUUGGUUAAAGCAAGUAGCAAGGUACGUACAAUUUUGUUCACACAUAGUAAGAAUGCAUCUAAUGCCAUGGAUGAGUCAACAUUGAGUACACUGAUUGAGAGUUUCCCAAGUUUACGUGCAUUAGAUUUACAUGGAUUGAAAAUUGAAAUAAUGACAAAUUUCAUAGGGAAGUUAAUACAUUUGAAGUACUUAGAUCUUUCUUUUAAUCCUAUUGAAACUCUUCCUGAUUCAAUUACAACAUUGUUGAACUUGCAAACACUAAAACUUCAAGAAUGUCGUAAACUUGAACAAUUGCCUAGGGACAUCACAAAAUUGGUUAGCCUCAGGCACCUUGAUAAUAUGGGUUGUUAUAAGUUGAGAUUGCCUCAAGGAUUACAGAAACUGACUGGUCUUCAAUCAUUAUUGCUAUUCAUUGCGAGGAAUAAUGGUGGACUAGGCGAAUUGAAUGGGCUAAACAACCUCAAAGGAACACUUGAGAUCCAAAUUUUAGAACAAUUGGAAGAUGCUAACUCAGAUUGUAAGGCCAAAAAUUUAAGGGAAAAGCAACAUCUUGAGAAAUUGAAAUUAUCAUGGGCUCACCAAGAAGGACAUGAUGAGAUGUUAUUAGAUAGCCUCCAGCCACAUCCAAAUCUCAAAAUUUUGGAUGUGUAUGGUUACACUGGUGUGACAUUUUCAAGUUGGCUUUCUUCCAUCGAAAAUCUUGUUGAAAUCACUUUAAGGAGAUGUGACAGAGGCAACCACCUGCCACCAUUGUCUAAACUCCCAUUUCUAGAAAGAUUAAGGCUUGAUGAAAUGAAAGAUUUGGAAUGCAUAUCAGAUUGUGAUAUAAGGGAGGAAGUUU